UCGAGUGACUGCUCGGAAAGUGACUCCUCGGAUCGGCGGAGUCUCCAGUAAGGAGGAGUCUGAGGGUUUUUCAUAUGUUCCUUUUUACAUCAGUAGGUAUCACCCAGACAGAACGGAGGAGGACAAGGCAGAGGAGAGGCACACGCUUCAAACAUGCCGAAGACGGCAACCGAAGGGAAAAAAAGAUCUGGGAUUAAAGGGCUGAAUCGUCUACCCUCCUGCCCCGGGGGCCGCAUGGAAUCGAGGAAGCACUUUGGGAAGACGGAUUGAAAUGCCCUAUUGCCCUUUUCCAUUGACCAAGGAAAUCAGAAAGCCAAUUUAAGGCAAGAAGAUGUCUUUCCAUGAAGAGCCUCAAGGUAGGUCCUCCAUGACCACUGAUAUGCCCUUCAAGACCAACCUAAGCAGCCUCAUCAAUGCGACAUGGGAGGUACCUGCUUCCUCAAACUCUAUGGAGAACAUUAUAGCCACGUGCACCAUCGGGGUAAUCUUAUCCCUCAUGUGCAUAGUUGGAGUGGCUGGGAACAUCUAUACGUUGGUGGUUAUGUGCCAGUCCAUGCGCUCCUCAGCUUCCAUGUACAUCUACAUCAUCAACCUGGCCUUAGCUGAUCUCCUCUAUCUUCUCACCAUCCCGUUUAUUGUGGGCACCUACUUCAUCCAGGAGUGGUACUUUGGAGACAUCGGCUGCCGGAUACUCUUCAGCUUGGACUUCCUCACCAUGCACGCCAGUAUCUUCACCCUGACAAUCAUGAGCACCGAGCGGUACUUCGCGGUGCUCAAGCCAUUGGACACAGUCAAGAGGUCUAAGAGUUACAGGAAGUGCAUUGCCAUAAUCGUCUGGUUGGUCUCAUUUUUGAUAACAUUGCCCAUGCUCAUCAUGAUUAAGUUGGUGCACAAGGACAACAAGAGCAUUUGCCUUCCCAUGUGGAGCCGGAUGUCCUACAAAGUUUAUCUCACUGUGCUUUUUUGCACCAGUAUAGUCGGUCCAGGACUUAUCAUUGGCUAUCUCUAUAUCCGACUGGCCAGGACCUAUUGGGUGUCUCAAACAGCCUCCUUCAAACAGACCAAGAGGUUGCCAAACCAGAAGGUCCUCUAUCUCAUCUUUACCAUCGUCCUAGUAUUUUGGGCUUGUUUCUUACCUUUCUGGAUCUGGCAAUUGCUCACUCAAUACUGUGAGUCUCUGCCCGUCUCGUCCAAAGCUGCCAGGAACAUUAAUUACCUGACUACCUGCCUCACCUACAGCAACAGCUGCAUCAACCCCUUCCUUUAUACCCUCCUGACCAAGAAUUACAAGGAAUACCUGAGAAACAGACAGAGAUCUUGGAACAACAGCGGCUAUUUUAGAAACCGUUUCCAGAGGAUAUCUGGAAGGUCUUUGUCCACCAGCAGCCAGCAAUGUACAGAGAGCUUCGUCCUGGCUCAGUGUCCAGCAGGCAAUAACAGUUCUUGAGGACGCUCAGGGGAGACUUCAAAGAGAAGGGAGCCCUAUCUCACCGACGCGUUUCAUACAUCGGCUACGCAUGCCCCUUGUGCAGUUCAGGAGGGGGCUGUGUGUCCAGACUGUAUUAAAAUCUUAGUAGGUUGCAUGCAGUGUAUUGGCAACAUUGAAGCCCCCCGGCGGCCACAGACUGGCACUCCCGCAUGCUCAGCCAGCAUCACGAUGGGAGAUCCAGCCAGUUUCCCUAGUGACAAAUUUGACAACUGAAUGUGCCAAAUCAUUUAGGUGGAGAAUAGUUUUCCCAGUUAGUAACUGGAUCGCAAAACAUAUUCCUACCUCCUUCCCUGAUGUCAAUUAACCCUUUCUAGCGGGAUCUCAGCUGCCACAAAAUGCCACCCUCUUUUUACCCAUAGAACUAAUUUUGUAUCGUUUCCACACCUAACCCUCUAUGUGUUAUGUGCCAAUCAUUUGUAUACACACACACACACACACACUCCUCUAUGAG